CAAUCCUUUGGCAUCCGCAUUCGCAGUUUUUCACCAAUAUAGACAAAAAAACCUAUAAAUAACGCACCGAGAGAAUUAAGUGUAUAAACUCAAAGGUGCGAUUAGCGAUGUUUGCCGUCGCGACGUAUUCUAAGAGCGUCGUUUAUAAUCAGUUUUCCACGGCCACCUGAGCAUCUAUCUCUAAGUCAAGUCGGCCGGUUCCACAACGUUUGUGUCUCUACUAGCCGAAGCGCGGUGUGUUUUUUCAAAAAUCAAAGUGUUCGUGUUGCGAGGAAAAGUGCGGGAAGGUUUAAUUUUAUUAAUUUAAAGAUACAUGUAAUCUCAAUAUCGACCAAAUGACAUUCAAAAUGAUCAAAAACGCCAAAGAAGAGAAACCACCAGAUUCAGAACUAAUAAAGAAAAAACAAGAUGUCUUAACAAAAGCAAGAAACAAACUAAUUAACAUUAGUGAAGCAUUAAAAUCGAAUAAAAAUAUUAGUGCGUCGAACCAAACCAAAAAAGGAAUGACGAAAUCCAAGACGCAAGCCAAUUUGGAUCACUUCUACAAGCAGCCUUCAGGGAAAAAUCAAAUUUUCUUUAAUGUCAAAAGUCAAACAAAAGAAAGAAGACCUAUUCCACUACAAAAACAGAACUCAAUUGGAUCGUACCCGAUAAAAAUACAAAUAACAGAUGAAAAUGAUGAAAUCGUUGCCAAUAACUCCCGGUCAAAUUUAUGUGUGGAUAAGUUAGAAGCGCCACUAGAUACUGAGGCUUUAGCAUUAGAAAAACCAAGAAAGAAAUUGUCUUUUAAAUUACCUGAAAUUGUUGAUACCAUUACGAGAAGUAAUAAUAAACUGGGGAUCGGUGGUUUGAAGCAAAGGAGCGGCAGUUAUAGAAACAUACGUGAUAUUAUGGAAAAGGCGUCAGUUAAGCCUCAAACUUUGAUUAGAAAUGCAAGUUUUAAUGGAGUUUUGGAACGGGAAGAAAGUUUUGACGAUACCGAGCUAGAGAGCCAAGCUAUGCGUGUAGUUCGGACUGUAGGUCAAGCUUUCGAAGUGUGCCAUAAACUUUCGUUGAACAAUCCUGAAAACGAGCACCUAGAUCAGGAUGAACAAGAUACGCUUACUCAAGACUUACUUAGCGACCGUCUCAGUGAUAUUACUAGUGAUAAGCCGAAGAGAGAUAUAAUGUCAGAAGGUGCUAGUGACCGAAUAUCCUUACCACCAGAUGACUGCAGUUUUAAAGACUUAGACACAAGCAAAAAUCUUAGGACAACUGGCCACCUGGAUAUACUUCCGCCCCCUCCCCAUAAUAUUAAUCUUAAGAACAAUAUAUUGACUUCAGCAGAAAUGUAUUCCUCCCCACACAGUGAUGGACUCACGACCACAGGAAGCGCUGAGAGUGGAGGAAGUUUACCUCCUCCCGGAAGUGCGUUGUCGACCCAUCACGAGUUGCAACUGAUGAGGGAACAACUUGAACAACAAACUCAACAGACUCAAGCUGCUUUGGCGCAACUUCAGUUAGCUAGGGAACAACUGGCUGCUGAACAAGCUGCAAGACUGGAAGCACAAGCCAGAACGCAUCAGCUUUUGAUACAUAAUCGAGAACUUCUCGACCAUAUCGCAGCGUUGGUGGGACAUCUUCAAGGAAGUGAAAAAUCGGGACAACAGUCUACGCCUCCGCAUAUGACAAUGCCCCAACUAACUCCCACUGCAAAAGUAGAACGUUGGUUCGAACUACUAGAACCUCUAUCCAUAUCACGUCCAGAAAGCGGUUUCGUAUCUUGUCAAGACCAGGACGCAGACGAAGACGAUGAUGAAAAAGAAAUAAUCGAGGGAACGAGAAACCUGUUGUCGAAGCUCAGUGCCCGAAAACAGAGAAAACUGCUAGGACUGAGAUUAGGAAAGGUUACGACUUUUUGACGAAUCGAACAUUUAGUUUUUUAUAAGAAAUAGAUUAAGGCGUUUAAAAUAUACAUUCUUUAUUACCAUCACUCACUGUAAAUAUUACUAUUAGUAUUUUCUUUAUUUAUUACCAGUUUUGACAAAUUUUCCAUAUAGCACAAAAACAUUUCGGAAAUAUUUCAAAUUGAAAUAUUUGCAAUGUUGUAUAAAUAUUUGGGAAGGUCCCAAAAAUAUUUCUGAAAUAUUCCAGAAAUGAAACAAUUUAAAACCUUUCAGAAAUAUAACAUAGUAAUAUUUCAGAAAUGUAUUCUAGUUUUGUUCCAUAAAUAUUAUGAAACGUCGUAGAAACAUUUCUAAAAUAUUUAUGGAAUAUCAAAAUAGCUUUCGAAUGCAAUAUUACAGUUUAAUAUUUUUAUUCAACUAAAAAAAGACUUUUAAAAAUAUAAGGUAAUAUGGUUAACAGUAGAUCAGUAUUUUUUUAUGAGCUCUUACUUUCCACAUUUACAGCCGGAAUUUCUGUGAAUUCUAGCAGAGGUCGACUAAUGUAUCUGGUUCCCAAAUUAUAAUGAUUUUAUCAUCGUAGAGGGUUUUUAAAAAGACAAAGUUUAUUUUUAAAAAAAUGUAAUUAAUUCACUAUGUACCCCGGAUGGUUCUCACUUGUGGAUCAAAGGUAUAGAUUAUGUUAAAUUACAAAAUGAAAACAUAAAUAACAUUUUAAUAUAUUCUCACACAAUUGUGCAUAAUAGUAUUUAUUCAAACGGUUCAAACAAAAGAAAAUGUCCGUAUACACAAACUAUAAAACUAAAUAAAAUAAAUGUAAAUUACCAUACGAAUUGUCAGGUACGUUGGGAUUGUGAAAUAGUUCGUCUGUUUCUUGUCUUAAGAACCUAACGAAUACUUUCAUCUUAGCAUUUCUGCUCUAAUACUCGUAGUAAAUUUUUGUUAUUUUUUUGUACUAAAUUCGACAAUGAUAUAAUCUCCUACAGAUGGUGGUCGACUAAGUGGUUUUUGCAAGCAGUCUUCGGUUAAUAUAUCUGGGUUGUUCUCUUCUUCAAACCAGUUCAUGUCAUCAUUGCCAGAUUCAUCUUGGAACACAACUUCUUCGCAUUAUUCUUCUGAGUCGCUUUGCAAAACUUUACGAACACUAGCCUUGUUUUGUUUUAUUUCUUUUCUUCUUUUAGCAGACUCCUUUUCCAUGGCAAUUGCAUCAUUUUCGGUUUUCGGUGUAUCCAUAGCUAUCAAACUUCUACCUAACUCUCUUGGUUUUCUUUUUCCAGUUCUUGGUUUCGCUUAGAUUGAUUGUUGAGUGGUCAGGAAAUAAUAUUUCGCAAUUUCCUGACAGAUCUGUUGAUGUCAAAGGAACUACAUUAAUUUCGUUAGGCCGUUCCAGGAGUAUUUUAGUAGGUUGAUUUUGUUUUACGGAGAGUUCAGUAGAUUGUGAAUCUGGGUUUGGUCUGUCUGUAACUGUACUGGGCAAAAAAUUAUCGUUUGUAAACUUGUGUCUAUCGAAGGGUACUAGUCCGGUCUUGUUAAAUCUUUGUCGUAAAUUGGAUGGUGUCAUGGAUUUUUCAAAUGGAUUCCGAUUAAUUGUCCAACAUCAUAAAUGGUAAUCUCUUGUCCUGGAUUACGCAUCAAGCACGAAUCUAUGGCAGGAUAAUAAUAAUUUUUAAACGGCCCAAAUAUCGACAGGCUACAUUUACGGAUGUAAUGUAAGCAUAAUCACACCCGAUUCCUUUGCUAAAUCUAAUGUUUUAAUUGAUAAAUGUGACUCAGGUUGUCCAUUAUUAGGAUACAGUGAACUGUUACUGUUUUUUAUGUAGUGUUUCAUCACAUCUACAAACAAAUUUAUCCAACCCGAAGUUCCAGGUGGAGUUCCAAUGCUCUUUCUAGGAUUUAUCUUCUUGCGUGGGAAAAGAAUUGCUGGAGGAAGAUCUUGUCCCCUUGCGCUAAUAAUGCAGCAUGUUGUGCAUAAAUCUCCUUUUUCACCGCUAGUUGCCUUGCAAAGAUUUUUAUGGCCCUUUGGGGCCAUUACUUUAUGGAGUUUCUGCACGGUGGUUUUACCUGUCUCGUCGAGGUUAAAUAUUCUGCAGCCAUCGGCAGAUACUGGAUUUCGUUUAUUACGUUUUCAGGAUUGUCAUAAAAAGUUUUUUCUACCUCUUUAUUGACAAGGCUGCAGGCUUCUGGCUUUCUGAGUUAGAGCACAGGAAUGUGUCGCAGAAAAUCCCUAAGCCGGUCAAUAUCGGUGAUUUGAUUAGUUUUCCACGACGAAGGCAUUUUAAUAUUAUUAUAUUUUGCCAUUUCAAAGGCUAUUUGACGAAGAUCUUUGGUAGUAAGGCCAUAAAAUAAUAAUGCACAUUUUUUUUGUAAUAGUCCCGAAGCAUAUUUUCUUGCGCUUCGUAACAAACUCUAUUUACUUCAUAGUUUGGUGUUAAUUUUAAGUCCCCUUGAAAGUCAGCUGUUUUGUCUUUGUCCAAUAUCUUUGUAGGGUAGUAAAAGGUUUCCGUUAUUUAUAGAAUUUAGAGUUAAUUUCAUUUCCUCUUUGGUAUCGUGAUCGUGAUCCGUUGUGUAUUACUAGCGUUUGAUUCACUGUGUAACAUUCGAUUUAGUUAUUUUUGAAAGUCAGCCAUUACUAACAAGAAAUCACUGUAAAAUCAUUUUUACCAUUAUUAUAAAUAUCUACGUUAAGUGACUGAGUUCAGACACAUAGGUAAAAUGCAAUAUGAAGAACAUGUUUCACAAAAUAUUACUCACGAUUUUUUUUGCGACUUUUACAAACUCAUCUUUUCUCUUCUAACACAAUUUGUCGCGACUACCACACACUAACUAAAUAUAAAGAAAGUUUUGAAGGUUAUGUACGAAUGACAUACCAUAAAAAUCAACCAACAGAUGGCUUUGUGGUAGGGAUGAUCCACUGUGUACCAGUGAUCCACUGUUAACCAUGUCCUACAUAUUUUUUAAAAUACACAAAACAGAAACAUUGAUUCUAAAACAAACAAAUAAAUAAAUAGAUAAUUUUUAAACCUUAUUUUAUAAAAUAUAAAGGCAAAUCACUUCAUGUUUACCAAUUCCAUUAAAAGCAGUAACCUUAAACAAAUUAUGGGUAUCUUUUUAAAAAAAGUAUUUGAAACAAAAUAUUUUAUCAACAAUAGUUUUAUUAAUAUUGCUUUAAACUAACUAUAAUAAAAUAAAGAAUACAGCAAAUGUAGGUUAUAUUUAGAUAAAAAAACACUAAAACUGCCUGCAAAUUUAAUAAUCGAAAUGGCAUCACUCAUCACAAUGAAUGAGAUAAAGUAAAUUAACACGUAACCUAACUAACAAGCCUUAUUUCUGUAGAAAACUUACUUCAAUUUCUAGAGGCAUAUUAUUAUUCUGCUUCCCAUACAAUAGCGUAACACACAAACAACAAAAACAGCAAAUGGUAAAAAUCGACAACUAACGCAAACUUCCAAUUAUUUAGAAUAUAGGAUUGUCUCUGGAUAUAGGAUGAAACAAAAUUAUAUUAUUUAGAAUUAAGCAAUCCAACCACUUGUCAAAAUGCUGACAACUGGGAACUGACAGUUUAGAUAUGGCAACUCUGUGACAGGGUCAAUGAUACAUAUAUAGUUAUAUAGAUUGCUCAAAGCGGGUUGUUUGCGAGCGGCCAUAAUGCCUGGGGCCCUAUCCUCGGCAAUCGUUUUCUAAAAAACGUAUACGCUUUAGUAACAUGCGAGCUAUUCGCUAUUCUCGACAUUCGUUUUAAAAGCGUGUACGUUUUUAAAACGGGUGUUUUACAGCGAGCGGAAUUUUUCACACGUUUGUGAUAAAACGUGCAUGUUUUCAAGGAUUUAGUCAAUGUCACUUAUAUGUCACUUUUAGGAUGAUUAAUAAUAUUGAUUUAUUUUAACAAAUUUUACUUUUUAUUAAUACCUACAAAAGUAUAAAAUUUCUUAUAAAUAUGGUUUGCAGUACUAAAAAAGUCUAAUAGCUGAGAAUUUAUUUCAAUUAAUGCAAUAAUUAGUACAAUUAGAAAACUUGGAAGAUAAGAAUGAGAAAAGCAGAGAUUUACUUAUGUUGAAGCCACUUCAAAUCCUACACUUCCUUGAGAAAAUAGGAUUGGAAGGGUCGUUAUAGGCAUUGAGACAUUUCCUUAGAGCAUUGGCGACAGAAGGGGGCACAAUAGAUCUUUUAGGUCGCAGUGUAUUAACACCCCAUUCUCAACAUAACAUAAAGAUUCAGACAUGCAG